AUGAAGUGGUAUGCAAAGGAUUCAUCAAAUUACAAACAUAUGGUUUGGAAGAGUGGUAAAGGUAAAUCAGUGCAAAUUCACAUCGAACCAGAGUCAAUGACAAUACAGGAUCCUUUCGCCUGGAGAAUAUCUUCCGGUAACUACUGUCAGUACGGUUGGACCGUUCUCUACAUUCGAUGGCUAUACAAGAUCACUGGUGCUAAUGAAAGGAAACCAACUGCAGUUGUUCCACAGACAGAAACCGUUGCAACCGGUGCAGUUGGAACACUUCAAACCCUAUACUUUCAGUGGUGGCUGGGAGACCGACUCUAUCUUUAUUCCGUCGGAAACCGACUGUCUGAGACGCAGUGGCAAUGCUAUUUCGUCGAGAAUGAUGCAGCUAUCGGUGGAGUCGACUGGCAGCAACGCGGUUGCCACGCACCUCGUCCGAGUGCACCACUUCCAGAGCUGUGGCGAGACGUUCACGCUCGGCUUGGACUCGUCGAGCGUUGCACUGACACCGGACGAGGCGAUCUACCAGCAGCAACACCAGCAGCAACACCUCAACCAGCCACACCAGAUAACCAACAGAAACAUAGCGGUCUACUCAUACAACACCGACCUCAUUAUAAGACAAGAGAAAGAAGACAACGCCUAUCAAGAGUAAGAUAUUUAAUUAAGUUAAAAAUGUCUACUAAUAAUAGUAAAAAGAAAACGAAUAGUAGUAGUGGCAGUAAUAGUAAAGUUUUAAAUGAAAAGAAGAUAUUUGAGAUAUUUCUAUCAGUUGGUUUAGAUCAAAUUACAGAUAAAUUAUGUAAUACUAUAUGGAGAGGACAAGAGUUGACAGAGUUUGAUCAAGAGAUUUUGGAUUCUGUCGCAAACGUUAUCUCUGCAGAUCAACUAGAGUCGUUAUUGUCGCGCCUAAAAGAUAUCUCUUCAAAUGUUGGACUGGCACAAAUCAUCACUGUAGACACCUCAGUCAAUAAGCAACUGCCAGUCAACAAGAAACAAUCAGCAAAAAACAACUCUGCAAAAUCGAAAAAGAAAUCAGAAACAAAGAAAAAGACAAAGAAUAAGAAGAAACUUACCAAUCAAAAGAGAGGAAGAAAUACAGAUGAUAUGGAUUUAGAUAGUGACAGUGAAGAGGAGGAGGAUGAAGAUGAAGAAGAUGAAGAAGAGGAGAAGGAAGAUGAAGAAAAAGAAGGAGAAGAAGAAGAAGAUAAAGAAAAAGAAGAAGAUGUAGAUAUUGAAUUUAAUAAGAAAUGUAAUGUAGAGGAAGAGGAGAUGGAACAACAAUCGAAUGAGUUCUCAGACUUUAUUCAACAAUCGAUGAUCUCCGUAAAGUCAUUGUGUAUAUUAAUGUAUUGGAUGAUAGAGAGAGAGUCACGUGGAAAGGAAAUACAAUUCUUGGCAUCCUCUGUCUAUUUGUAUAUGGUGGUUCUCUCACGACGUAUGUUCCAUCCAAGUGCAUACCGCUCUGUGCUCAAGUUACUCCGUGCAAAGCCAGCAGUCAACAAGAAGUCCGACAUCUUCUCACAGUCAUCGCAACAGUCACAGGCUGACGACGACAACAACACCGAUAUGGCGAUGGACAGCAACGAUGAAAAUGAAAAUCCAAAUCAACUAUCAUCACAGAGAACAACUGGAAAAUCUUUGAAAAAGGGUGGAAAACAACAGCAGCAACAACAACAAGAUGCAGCCAACGAAGAGAUAUCAAAGCAUCUUCCAAGUGUAAUUGAACUACUUGAUGAUCUUCAGUGGAUUCUUGAGAGAUUCUCAUUGGAUAGCUUUGUUGAGACCUAUGAAUAUACAGUUGAGGUUGUGGCGUCGCUCUCUCGAUCCAUCAACUUCCGUCGACCGAAAACCAAGUCGAAAACCGGUCAGAAAAAAGGCAGUCAGAACAGUGUUACCGGCGACGAGAGUAAACUGGUGAAGUCAGCUUUCCAGGUAUUGAACACCCUCAUCUCUGGACGACAUGGAGUUGUCAGUCGUGUGUUACCACCCGUCCUAAAGGAGCUGGUGUCAAUGCUGACACUCACCACCAUUCAAGGUUCGCUUCCAGUAACAGUACCCAAGCAACUCUAUGUAGAUCGCGACAACUCGAUUGCAUUCAUCAAUCAGUUACUCGAGAGUAAUCCCAGCACUCAAGAGUCAAUACUCGUCCUCCUACAACAUAUAUGUGUUCGUGUACCUGAGAAAGCAGACUAUCGUAGUGGCACUGUGGAGUCCAUCACCCAAAUCAUCUCCUCACUUCCAGACACCCAAAGAUUCAUUCAAUUCCUAAUAACAUUCUCAAAGAAUACAAAGAGUAACUUUAGAUUGUUCUCAGUUGAAGUUGCACUUUGUUUAUUACAAAAACCAGAGUUGAUGUUGGAGAAUAUAGACAAUGGUGUGUUCAUUCCAAAGUUGUUGAGUAUAUUGGUACAGAGAUCGUCGGAUAAAGUAUCGACAGUUCGUUCAAAGGCACUGUCUUGUUUGGCAUUGUUGUUGCAGGAUGACAAGACUAUCGAUACACUCAAACCAUACUUGAAAGCUGCCUUUGGUAUGGAUGCAGAGGCAUCGGAAGGCGACCAAUCUUCACUGAUGAAAUUCUUGGCGAAACGUGCAGACGACGAGAAAUCCGGUGUAAGAAAGUCGGCCAUUCAAGUGCUAGAGGUGCUCUGUAUGCAACAAGAGGAUACCAGUCAGUGCAAUCGAAUGAUCAUUGGUGUACUGUCAAAGAGAAUUCACGAUACUUCACCAUUGAUAAGAAAACAGGUAAUCCAAUCGAUGACCAGAUUAUUCAUACACUUCCGUACCGAUCUCGAACUGGCUGACUCUUGGAUAACCAGUGUACUUCCACUGGUUGCUGACCGUGAAUCAACCGUUGCCGACAAAUCACUAGAGUCAAUGAUAACAAUGAUAUUCGAUUCAAUUACCGCUGGUAGUGGUAAAGAAAAAGAUGAUAGCAAAGCAUCGUCAUCUAGUUUAACAGCACAAAUACUCGAUCGUAUUGUUAAGCUUGAAAUGACUGCCUAUCUUCACAAGUGUUGUAUAUUGAUGUCUCAAAAGAAGCUGAUCACUCCUCAGCUUAUCAAAGCGUUACAGUCAUUGAUCAAAUCGAGUGCACUCGAGAUGAAAACUGGAUUGAUUGGAAGUUGGACUUUACUUUCAAAGAUUGGAUAUUGCUGUCCCGAUAAGUUGGAUCAACAACUGAUCCUUUCCACCUGGGAGAAAUACUGUGAUGAAAUCAACAACGAUUCUGCACCCGACCAAAUCAUCCAACUUGUAUCGAACAUUCUCAUCUUGAUCGAACAGAUCUCACCGCAUCUCAGUGAGAAGCAAGCCAAUGAAAUCUACACUGACAUCAUGUAUCGUGUUAAACAAUUCACUUAUCAUCCACAGCAUGUUAAUCUUUUCAUUGCCAUUCUUUUACAAACUACUGUUAGAAUUAAUAGAGAUCAAUCAAAACAACAAAUCGAAAAAGCAAUCGAUUUGUGGACAAGAGAUAUUUUGAAUACAUGUGAUGAAGGAAUGAGUGGUUAUGUGUUUGGAAAUGGUAAUAGCAAAUCAUCCUCGUCUAGUGUCGAUGAGAAUGAAUCAAAUAAUACAACGGCUACUGCUUCUGGAAAUAAUAAGAUAAUUAGCAAGGAGGAAGAGUUGAUUGGACAAUAUCUGUUUGUAAUUGGUGAGAUUAUCCAGAUUCCUCAGGUGACUGUUCCAAGUAGAAUAAAGACAAUGGUGCAGGCACUGAUUGCUCCGACCAAAGCGAAUAUCAAUAAUAUGAGUUUGACUACAGACGGUGGACAAUCUGCUAUCUCUUCACAGGAUCAGGCUAUUCCCCAGUCGGUACGUGCUCAUGCCUUUAUUACACUCGGUAAGCUCUGUCUUGGUGACGACCGUCUUGCCAAGAAGUGUAUUGCCACAUUUGCAAAGGAGCUUGAAAUAUCGGACUCGCCUGUUAUUCGUAACAAUGUAAUGAUUGUCAUGUGUGAUCUGUGCAUUCGUUACACUCAGCUGGUUGAUAACUACAUUCCAAACAUUGCUCGUUGUUUGCGUGACAAGUCAGAGUUGGUACGUCGACAAACUUUGAUUCUCCUCACAAGAUUACUCCAAGAGGACUAUGUGAAAUGGAAGGGAUCGUUAUUCUAUAGAUUCGUAGAGUCACUGGUCGAUCCUUCACCAACUGUUUCACAAUUCGCACACUUUUGUUUGAUGAAUGUACUCCAAGUGAAAUAUGGAACCGCACAGCAAUCGAAAGCAACAGCCAAGGAUCAAGCUUCACAACAAGAGGUGUCAUCCUCAAAGAAUAUAUUCUACUCUCACUUUUUGGACACUAUUUUUGUGUUGAAUGAAUGCACUGCUCAUCCAAACUACAACAAAGAAGCAAACAAUCAUUUGGUAUUCUCUAUUGGCAAUGGAACUGGCGGCAACACAUCCAAUUCAAAGGAUGAAUUCACUCUGAAGGGAGAUGAAGGUAGAAAGAAGAGAAUGGCAAUCUACACAAUAUUCUUACAGAACAUCGGUGAUGAACAUCGAUUCCAGCUGGUAAGCAAACUCGCCCACGAAGUACUGGCAGAGGUGGCCGACGAGAAGAUACCACUCUCUGCCUGUGCCAAUGUGGUGUACGAUGUCCUGUCGAUUCUGGCAUGCAAGGAAAUCAAGCUGCAGACACUGUCGCGUGGUGGAGCUGGCGCUGCCGACGUCGAUGAGGAUGUCAGUGCUGCCGAAGCAGCAGUCAGUGCUGCACAAACCAAACUCCUGACCAACAUCGUCAAGAAGAAUGUCAUUGAAUUCAUUGUUCCAGUGGUGAUACAGCUGAAACACCUGUUUGAGAAGAAGCGAUCGUCGCUGAUUCGUGAGCUUAUGGUCUACCUGAAGGAGUUGUACAAAGACUACAAGACAGAGAUGAACGAUAUAAUGUCUGCGGAUCGCCAACUAGCUAAAGAGAUUGAGUACGACCUGAAGACAUUCAACAAGAAGUCGGUGCAGUCACCGAGCCGAUUGUCGAUCGGUGGAGUCAUGACCCCGAGCAAACUAUCACUGACUCCAGGCAAGAGCAUAUCGAUGACUCCCGGAAAGAACAUGUCUACUCCGGGUAAGGCGGAUCUCACCAACUUUGUCGUUCCCCAACUCAAGACACCCAAGUCGCGUCAGUCGAUUGGCGGUGGCGUCGCGCCAACCACAGGUUCCACACCAAGUGGCGCCGCCAACACCUCCCAUACACCAAAGAGACACAGUCUUGGUGGACAAACACCAAACAAACCAUUUGCAACACCAAUCGGUAAGCUUUCAUUGUCCUCUGCACUGACGCCACUGAAGAUGACAACUUCAGCUCCACAGAAUCCGAUACCAAUGAUGAACUUGUCGUCAGCACUCUCUUCGCCAUCAUCCCAUAGCGACACAACUACAGCUACAUCUAACAAUGUAACUAAUACUGGUGUCAAAUCAGCACUCAGAUUGUCGGUAUCCAGUAAAUCAAGUAACAGUUCGACACCCUAUAAGAAUCUUAGAUUUAGUUUACCUGGUAGAUUGAACAAUAACAAUGGUGAUGACGAUCAUGAUGAUGAUGAUAAUAGUGAUGAUGAAUCAAAUGUUAUCAAAUUGAAUCUCUCAUUGGAUCCACAGGAAUCAAAGAAACAACAACAAAAACAAUGGAAUGUUAAUAUUGAAUCAACCGAAAACAACGAUGAUGCCGACGAAGACUAUUUAGACGAUAGUGAUGAUCAAGAGGAGGAGGAAGACGACGACACCAAAGAUGGUCUAUCACCACCAAAGAAAGUAACGAAAACAACUAAAUCUUCAAACAUCAAAUCAACUGUAAAUAAGAAACAUAAAACAACACACAAAGCAGAAGCAGAAGAAGAAGAAGAGGCAGAGACAGAAGCAGUAGUAGAACAACCAAUCAAUAAUAAAAAGAAAUCAAAUAACAGCAGUAAAGAGAAGCAGGAACCAGUUGUUGAUACUACAGAUAAAGCUGAUAGCCCCAUUAAAAAGAAAGGUCGACCUGCUAAAAAACAUAAACAAUAA